GGUGCAGGUGAUAAUAUCUUCCCCUCUCUCUCCCUCUCGAUUCUGCUACGGCCUUUACAAAAAAGGAGAGCCUCCGUUGCUGGAAGCAAUCGAAGCUUUUAUACCUCACCCCUAGAAACGCUAAAAUGGAUUCAGACGAAGAGGAUUUUGUUUUCGUGGGUACACCGAUAGAGCGCGAGGAAGGGAACACCAGCCGCAAGAAGAAAGCCCUCGCCGAGGUCUCGGGUCAACUGCGAACCCUACCUUCCUGGAAGCAAGAGGUUAGAGAUGAAGAAGGACGAAGAAGGUUUCAUGGAGCAUUUACAGGAGGAUAUUCUGCUGGUUAUUACAAUACAGUUGGUUCAAAAGAGGGAUGGACUCCUCAGUCAUUUACAUCGUCUCGGAAAAACAGAGCUGAAGUCAAACAGCAAAGCAUUCUUAAUUUUCUGGAUGAGGAUGAAAGAGCUGACUUGGAAGGUCAGUUGGGUACAUCUUCUCAGUUUGAUACAUUCGGGUUUACAACUGCUGAAUAUGCUCGCAAACAAGCUGAGAAGGAACAACAGAGCAGGCCAUCAGCUAUUCCAGGACCCGUUCCUGCUGAAAUAGUUAUUCCAGUUACAGAGUCCGUUGGUGAGAAAUUGCUGCUGAAGAUGGGAUGGCGCCGUGGUAGAUCAAUUAAGGAUUCACAUGCAAAUUCACUCUAUGAUGUUCGCAGAGAAGCCAGAAAAGCUUUUCUAGCAUUGUCUUCUGAUGAUGCAAAAGCACAUCUUGCAGAGUCUGAACUGGCUGAGGAUGAUUUAGAAAGUUUCAUGAAGCAUACUGUUAAGGACGAUGUGCCCGCUUCUCAAAGCACACCACUUUUUGUGCUCAAUCCAAAGCAGGAUUUGCACGGUUUAGGAUAUGAUCCAUUUAAUCAUGCUCCUGAGUUCAGGGAAAAGAAAAGAUCACGUGUAUCUAGUAACUGUGAACCUGGGAAUAAAAAAGCCCUGUCAAUAAAGGAGAGUCUCUUUGGUUUAAAGUCAGGAAAGGCUGCUUCUGGUUUUGGUAUUGGAGCCCUUGAAGAGUAUGAUGCCGAGGACGAGGAUAUCUAUGCCGCUGAGGACCUGAGUGAUGCUUAUGUUCAAGAACCUGAAGAACCCUCAAGAUCAAGUACAGAUGAUAAGCAGAAAUUAGUUUGGAAGGAGCCAGGUGUUCUUCCUGGAUUUAGAGUUGCUUCAAAUUCUGAUUACCAGCAGGAGAGGUUUAACCCUCCAGUAAUACCAAAGGAUUUUGUGCCUCGCCAUGUAUUUCUUGGUCCUCUUGUGACUGAUGACAAGUAUGCUGUUCCCCCUCCCCUGGAGGUUAACCCUCCUGAGGAUAAUAGUCUGAAGGUCCUCAUAGAUGGAGUUGCAACUUUAGUAGCUCGUUGUGGUAAAUUGUUUGAGGAUAUAUGCAAAGAGAAGAAUCAGUCGAACCCGUUAUUUAGUUUUUUGAGUGGUGGCAAUGGACAUGACUAUUAUGCGAUGAAAUUGUGGGAGGAGCAACAGAAACGUAGUAAUCAGUCAAAGCUGGCAUUGGAUGGGAAAUCGACUCCCAGCGUGCAAAAGAUGACUGCAGAGAGCCGUGGCAAAAUUUUGGGGGAGAGGCCUUUGGAGAGAAGCUCAAGGGAAUCUAGCGCCUCAGUUGCUCCUGCGGAUACUGUGAAUCUCCAAUUCAAUCUUUCAAAUACAUUUACUGAAGCUGCUUCAUUUGGUGAGUUGCUUGAAAUCGCAAAGCCUUUCAAAGAUGAUCCCGCAAAGCAAGAAAGAUUUGAACUAUUUCUCAAAGAGAAGUACAAAGGAGGUCUUCGCACCAUUGAUUCUGGUGGCAUUAAUAACAUGUCAGAAGCAGUUCGUGCUCGUGAGAGAUUGGACUUUGAGGCUGCAGCUGAGGCAAUACAAAAAGCAAAAUUGGGGAAGGAAAGCAAUCUAUCUUCAGUGCAGCUGAUGGAGUUUUCCGCUGCUGGAGGGAUGCAGUUCACUUCUGGUGGAUUGGAGAAAAUUAAAGAUGCUGAAGCUGAGGAUUUAAUGGCAAAGAAAAUGUACCCAAAAAGGGAAGAGUUUCAAUGGCGCCCUUCACCUAUUCUGUGCAAGCGCUUUGAUCUCAUUGAUCCUUAUAUGGGCAAGCCACCACCAGCUCCGCGGAUGAGGAGCAAGAUGGAUUCCUUAAUAUUCACAUCAGAUUCUCUGAAAGCCAAAAAUGUGGAAGAAACCAUUGCAAAUAGAGACCAAUUUCCUCUGGCUAUAUAUGAAGCUCAAGAACAAAGUAAAGAAGUUACUGACCAGGGAAUUGAAUUGGAGCCGGUAGAAGCCGAAAAUGUUGAGAGGCCAGUUGACCUUUACAAGGCCAUAUUCUCUGAUGAUUCUGAUGACGAAGUGGAAACCUCCAUUGUCAACAAGGCCGAUCCAGAGAAGAAGAUUGAAGCAGCUAGUAACACUUUAAGCCGUUUGAUAGCUGGCGACUUUUUGGAAUCAUUGGGCAAAGAACUUGGCCUAGAGGUUCCCCCAGAUCCACCUUACUCAGCAAAUAAAGACACUACUCCUGGUCCUCAUAGAGAACUUAACAACGGCAAUGGAGGAAGUGCUAAUACAGUGCCUUCUAAACUUAUGUCAUCUUCCGAUCGCAGUGCUCCUGGCAGAACUCCUGGAAAUAAACAGGAGUUGCACGACCUGAAGGUAUCUGAAGAACUUGAAACCCAAAGAAGUAAGCACAUUGAUGAUAAUUUGCCAAUAAGUAAUAGAAAAUAUGUGAAGAAUAAUUUGUCUGAGAAAAGAUCUGGUGAAGUUGAUAUGGAGAUGGCGGUAAGAGAGGAUAGGAGACGUAAGUCACCCUCUUCUCACCAUCAAGAUCUUGUUAGCUGCUCUUCCUCAGAAGAUGACCGGAGCAGAAAACACUCAAGGAGGCGACAACAUAGAAGCAGGGAUACUUAUACUGAUUCUUCAUCCAGUGAUCAUCGUAGUCAAUACCAGUCUAGCUCAAAAAGGAGAGAGAAAGGAUCCUCCCGAGAGAAGAGUAGGAGCAGCAGAAAACACUCAAAACAUCGUAGAGAUGGAAGCAGGGACUCUCCUAGUAGAUCUUCUCAUCGUGACACGGGGAAAGGACAUGCAGAAGGAAAGAGACAGAAACGGAGGAGAAGAGAUUGAAACUGAUUUCUUUCCCUGCAAUUAAAACUGUGUCUAAAGAUCUUAGGAUGACAUCAUAUUAGAAUUACUGUUAAGUUGGUAGUCGUAGCAUAUUUGGUGCUAUUUUGAGUGUUGAUGAUGCAAAGUUAGCUUAUGGGACUUCUUGAUUAUAGCCGAGCAUGCUGUGGGCAUUUAUCUAUCUUCAGGUAUGUGACAGGAGUGUAUAACUUGAGCAGUUCUCCUUGGACAACACUGCUGAAGUUAAAUGAAUAACAGGAUUACAGGAAGGAAGAAUGCAUGAGAAGAGGUGUUCCUUUUUCUUUCUUUCCAAUUGUUUUUAUUCC